GAUUGGUCCGGAGGCUGCCGGCGUGGAGGACAGCGGCGGGGCGCGGAACCGCUUCCGGUUGGGCGGUGCUUGCGCGCCAGAGCUGAGCCGGUGGGUGAGUUGCAGCCGCGGCGUCCUGGGCAGUGGGCGCAACGGGGAGAGAUCUGAUUAUCAUGGACCUGCGACAGUUUCUUACAUGCCUGUCCCUGUGCACAGCCUUUGCCUUGAGCAAGCCCACGGAAAAGAAGGACCGGGUACACCAUGAGCCUCAGCUCAGUGACAAAGUUCACAAUGAUGCUCAGAGUUUUGAUUAUGACCAUGAUGCCUUCUUGGGUGCUGAAGAAGCAAAAACCUUUGAUCAGCUGACACCAGAAGAGAGCAAGGAAAGACUUGGAAAGAUUGUAAGUAAAAUAGAUGGCGACAAGGACGGGUUUGUCACUGUGGAUGAGCUCAAAGACUGGAUUAAAUUUGCACAAAAGCGCUGGAUUUACGAGGAUGUAGAGCGACAGUGGAAGGGGCAUGACCUCAAUGAGGACGGCCUCGUUUCCUGGGAAGAGUAUAAAAAUGCCACCUACGGCUACGUUUUAGAUGAUCCAGACCCUGAUGAUGGAUUUAACUAUAAACAGAUGAUGGUUAGAGAUGAGCGGAGGUUUAAAAUGGCAGACAAGGAUGGAGACCUCAUUGCCACAAAGGAGGAAUUCACAGCUUUCCUGCACCCUGAGGAGUAUGACUACAUGAAGGAUAUAGUAGUACAGGAAACAAUGGAAGAUAUAGAUAAGAAUGCUGAUGGUUUCAUUGAUCUGGAGGAGUAUAUUGGAUGGCAAGCUUACCAAGGAGGAGAUUGUUGACAAAUAUGAUUUAUUUGUGGGCAGCCAGGCCACAGAUUUUGGUGAGGCCUUAGUACGACAUGACGAGUUCUGAGCUGCAGACAGAGGAACCUACAUUUCUUCAAAAGUAAUUUAUUUUUACAGCUUCUGGUUUCACAUGAAAUUGUUUGCGCUACUGAGACUGUUAUUACAAACUUUUUAAGACAUGAAAAGCUGUCUUAAAAAUCCCGUCCCCAUUCCUCCUCCUCUCUGAGGGACUGGAAGGAAACUGUGCUUCUGAGGAAAAACUCUAAUUAGUACACUUGUGUUUGUAGAUUUACACUUUGUAUUAUGUAUAACAUGUGUGUUUAUUUUUGUAUUUGUUCUCUGGUUGGGAGUAUGAUAUGAAGGAUCAAGAUCCUCAACUCACACUUUGUAGGCAAACAUUAGCCCUUCACUCUGUCUCAACCCUUAUCAUAUAAUUUUUAUAAUUCUGUGUUAAUUAAUUUUAAGCCUGAGAUCAAUAAGAAAUGUUCAAGAGAGAGAAGAGGGAAGAAAUAGUCCCCACAAUUUAUAUUUAGAGAGAUAACACUUAAACUUGCCUAUUGAAAAGUAUCCUGCGUAAGUAGGAGGGGCCGAAUAUUUCAUUCAGCUGCUCCAAGUCCAGGUUCUGGCAUUGUCUGGGCAAGGACCGAUCCCUGUGCUGUAAGAAAGCUUGGCUCAACUUGAUUUCAUUCAUUCUUUUUUUUCCUUCCCUGUAAGACUAGCUGUUUGCUAAUUUUGUCAAGCACAGCUGUGGUGGGAAGAGUUGGGGCCACUGUCUUGAAAAUCAAGUACUGAAUGUGAUCUCUUUACAGAGCUAUACAUAGAAACAGCUGGAAAACUAAAGGAAAAAUACAAGUGUUUUUAGGGCACAUGCUUUUUUCUGGGUUGCAUCCAUUGAAGUGCUCAAGACUGUCUUGCCUAUUGAAUCACUGUAAGUGCCCCCAUUCAGCUCCUAUUUCCCCAGGUGUUCCAAGGAAUUAAUCUGCACUGCAGUUAAAAUGUACUCCUUUCCAAUCAUGUCAUUGAAAGUGCCUUUAAUGAGAGAAAUGAUCACUGAAUGAGGAUUCUCUUAAGAAACUCGAAGAUAAAAUAAAGAGAAGAUUAUUUGGACCACCUUAAAUGAAAGCUUAGAACCUCCUAGUGUGGUGGGAUUUUUUUCUUUCCUUUCUCCUUUGGACGGUGGUUAAAUAGCAGUAUUAGUUAGGGGCUUGGUUGCAGUGUUCUUAUCUUGUGGGCUGGUUUCCAAAAACCACAUGCUGCUCAAUUUACCAGGGAUCCUCAUACCUCAGAAUGCUAACCACUUACUACCAGGCCUGUUUCUGUGUCAGCUGGAGAGCUUGAGCUAAGACUCAAAGAUGAGAGGGCUCUUUGGUUUGAGGACCAUCGCUCACCCUUCCUGUCUUCGACCCAUCACUCCCUAUGUUCCCAUCUCCCCACUGCCAAAAAAAAGUUUACCAUGAAUCAACAUGGCCAACCCUGAUCAAAGAGAGGGACAUUGUAGAAGGAGCUGAAGAAACCACCUCUGUUCCCAACUCACUUUACCUAUAUUUUACAUAACAGGAAACUGUCCUUUUUGGUCCCUUUCAUACAGAUGGACCUCUUUUGAGAAGAAUUAUUAUAUUCCAAGUUUUUAGCCCUCAGGUUACUAAGACAAAUAUAUAUAUAUAUAUAUAUAUAUAUAUAUAUAUAUAUAUCCGUUAUUAUUUCAUAUAUCUUUCUGGAUAAUACAUUCAGGUGGUGCUGGGUGAUUAUUAUAAUCUGAACCUAGGUGUAUCCUUUGGUCUUCCACAAUCAUGUUGAGGUGGGCUACGUGGCCUGGUAAAAAGCCAGAUAUCCUGUAACUCCACCCCAGCCUUUAGCAUUGAGCUCUUGAGAGUGGAUACAUUCUUUUAACCCCAGUAUAAGGGAGUGGAAAUUCUCUGCCUUCCAGAUUCCCCAUUUUUAUUGUUAAGAAGAUCAGGGAUAAUUAAUAAUGCCCACCAGCCCUGGCUUGGAGAGGGCAUAUCAUGAAUUGUGUGGCAGGAGAUCCUCAUAGGUCACUAGGUACAGAGAACCCAGGCCUUAUGUUAAAGUCACGCACCUAGAAAGCAAACCUCCAUCUGCUAAGACAGCAACUUCUGGAUGCUGGGUGCUCAUCAGUAAGCAUUGUACUCUAAUCUCUAAUGAUCCCCCUGGAUUUUUUUUUUUUUCUUUUGGUUUAAAUCAAGCCUGAGACUGGUGAACAGUAGCUGCACACCCACAUUGUGUGUUCUGUGAAUGCUAGCUCUCUUGAAUUUGGAUAUUGGUUAUUUUUUAUAGAGUGUAAACCCAGUUUUAUAUUCUAUAAUGCAAACAGGUACCUAUCUGUUUCUAAAUAAAACUGUUUACAUUCA